UCGUUAUUGAUCAAAAUUAGGGGUUUCGUGUAAUCGGGAGAAUCGACAGAGAUUGGUUUUAUGAAUCCACCAAAUACUUGUGUCUCGUAGGCUCGCGAAUCACGAUCAUGGUGGAUUUCGAGAAGAGCAGUCACAGCGUCAACAUCAUCUGUGAGGAGACAGUACGGCGCUCCUUCGUCAGCCACCUCUCCUCCGCUUUACACCGCGAAGGCAUCUCUGUAUGUGUGUUUGCUGAUACAGAUUUCGAUGAUCAGAAUCAGGGAGCUAGGGUUACGGUGGUGGUUUUCUCCGAGAACUACGCCUUCCCCCAUCCUAUGCUUGACAAUUUCGCCAAAAUUCUCCAGCUUCGAAGCAACAGCGGCCACGAGGUGAUUCCAGUGUUUUACGGUGUUGAUCCAUCGGCUGUGAACCCAAAUCACGACUGGCUGCCAUUGCACAUGGAAGGACACCAAUCGAUGAACUCAAGUAAUGUCAGAAGCAGCGACUCCCAACUCGUGGAAGAUAUCGUCAGGGAUGUUUAUGGGAAGAUAUGUCCUACAGAACGAAUUGGAAUUUACACGAGGCUAAUGGAGAUUGAAAACCUGCUUUGCGAGCAAUCUUGGGAUGUCCGAAGAUUAGGACUCUGGGGCAUGCCUGGCAUAGGCAAGACGACACUUGCUAAAGCAGUAUUUGACCACAUGUCCAAUGACUAUGACGCUUCUUGCUUUAUCGAGAACUUUGAUGAACAACUUCGUAUGGUGGGACCUUACCGUUUGCUUGAAGAGAAAAUCGGUAGAAUUCUGGAAGAAAAGUUUGGCAUAAGCAGUUCUUACAUUACAAGACUGAGCCUCCUAAGGGACAAGCUAUGCGAUACAAGGAUUGUUGUUGUUCUAGAUGAUGUGCGCAAUCCUCUCGCUGCAGAGUCCUUCCUUGGAAGGCUUGAUUGGUUUGGUCCUGGAAGCCUGAUAAUCAUAACCUCCAGAUAUAAACAAGUGUUUGCACUUUGUCAGAUCAGUCAAAUAUACGAAGUUCAUGGUUUAAACAAGCAUGAGGCUCUAAAGCUAUUCUCUCAAAAUGCCUUUGAAAAAGAUGUGCCAGAGCAGAAUGACAAGGAACUGUCAAUGAAGGUAAUUGACUAUGCUAAUGGAAAUCCGUUGGCCCUCUGCAUUUAUGGCCGAGAGCUGAAGGGGAAGAAGUCAGAAAUGGAGGCUGCAUUUCUCAGGCUCCAGCAAUGCCCUCCAAAAAAGAUUCAGGAUAGGCUAAAGAGCGUUUAUAGUGCACUUAGUGACAAUGAGACGUACACCUUCUUGAACAUUGCUUGUUUCUUCAAGGGAGAAAAUGUUGACUAUAUGGUGCAACUGCUUAAGUGGUGUGGUUACUUUCCACGGGUUGGAAUAGAUGUUCUUGUGGAGAAGUGUCUGGUGACUAUUUCAGAAAACACAUUGCAAAUGUAUGACAUGAUCCAAGACAUGAUCCGAGAUAUCAUCACUGGAGAAAAGAUACAGAUGGAGAGGUGCACGACGUUGUGGCAUACUUCCCACAUCAGAUAUCUACUAGAAGAUGAUGAACUCAAAGCAGAUGGAGACCCCAAAGAAAUUCCUAAAUGUCUUAUGGUUGCUGAAGACAUUGAAGGCAUAUGUUUGGACACAUCAAACUUGAUAUUUGAUGUCAAUCCUGACGCCUUCAAGAAGAUGGUCAGUCUUAGAUUCUUGAAGAUAUACAACUCCUACUCUGAAAAUGUUCCUGGACUCAACUUUCCCAAUGGCCUCAAUUAUCUUCCUCGUGAGCUAAGGCUCCUCCACUGGGAGAAAUAUCCCUUCGAAUCCUUGCCUCAAGGUUUUGACCUCCAGGAACUUGUCGAACUCAAUAUGCCUUAUAGUGAGCUUAAGAAACUCUGGGAAACAAACAAGAACCUUGAGAUGUUGAAGAGGAUCAAGCUUUGUCAUUCCCGGCAGCUAGUUAAAUUUAGUAUACAUGCUCAAAAUAUCGAGCUGAUUAAUCUCCAAGGUUGUACAAGAUUGGAGAAUUUUUCAGGCACUACGAAGUUACAGCAUCUCCGAGUUUUAAAUCUCUCAGGUUGCAGCAACAUUACAAUUUUCCCAGGGCUUCCACCAAAUAUUGAGGAGUUAUACCUCCAGGGAACUAGCAUAGAAGAGAUACCAAUAUCCAUUCUCGCCCGCUCUUCCCAACCAAACUGCGAAGAGCUUAUGAAUCAUAUGAAACACUUCCCUGGUCUUGAGCAUAUCGAUUUGGAAAGUGUAACAAAUCUUAUUAAAGGUAGCUCAUAUAGUCAAGGUGUUUGCAAGCUUGUCCUCCUGAAUAUGAAAGAUUGUCUUCAGUUGCGAAGUCUGCCUGACAUGUCCGAUUUAGAAUCUCUCCAAGUUCUUGAUCUGUCUGGCUGCUCUCGCCUUGAGGAAAUUAAGUGUUUCCCAAGAAAUACGAAAGAGCUAUAUCUUGCUGGAACAAGCAUACGAGAAUUGCCAGAGUUUCCUGAAAGUCUAGAAGUCUUGAAUGCUCAUGAUUGUGGCCUUCUGAAGUCAGUUCGUUUGGACUUUGAGCAGCUUCCUCGACACUACACGUUCAGCAAUUGCUUUAGAUUGUCUUUAGAAAGGACCGUUGAAUUUAUAGAGAAAGGUCUGACUAGGGUAAUUAGGUUAGACAGAGAACAAAAUCAGGAACACGUUAAAGCACCGGCAUUCAACGUAUGUUUUCCUGCAGAUGCGUGCCCGUGGUACUCAUUUCAGUGGCAAGAAAGCCAUUUUGUUAGAGUAACGCUUGCUCCUUGCAUGCGAAAGGCUCUGUCAGGGUUUGCUAUGUCAGUUUUAGUAUCAUUUCGGGAUGAUUACCACAAUGCCGUAGGUUUAGGCAUUAGGUGCAUAUGCAGAUGGAAGACCAAGAAAGGCAACUUUGAUCAAAUUGAGAGAGUUUAUAAGUGUUGGGCUCCGAGAGAAGCUCCAGGAGUUCAAAAGGAUCACAUAUUUGUCUUGUAUGAUGCCAAAAUGCAAGUAGGUCCUGAUGAAGGAAUGGAUCAAAUCAUGUCAUCUGAUGUACUCGUAUUCGAAUUCCACACAGUAAGUGGGGAAAACAAGCCUUUGGGUGCUAAUUGCGCGGUGACAGAAUGUGAUGUCAAGGUAAUUAUGGAUUCAACAGGUGAUACAAAAUUUAGUGCAGUUUCAAGAGCAAGUGAGGAUAUAAGUAAUAUUGAGGAGCUUCCUCCUCCUUUACCGAAAAAGCCAGAGGCAACUAUUUGUUCUCCUCCAUUCAGCAAUCCACAUGAGCUUUUUAAUGUGGCUAGCAAGGUAAAGUCUGAAGGCAGUAGUAUCCUUUCGAGGUGGGAUAGCAAGGUAAAAUCAAUUUAUAAGCUUUUUAUUUUGAUCAAAAAAAAAACAAAGCUUUUAAUUUGAGCAUGUUUUUGUUGGAGGCACGAUGAGUGGUUCAAGUCUCCCACGUAUAGGGUAUAUAUGUACUGUUUUAUGCUCUACGAUAGAGCAUCUGUUGUUAAUGUAAAACCAACUUUUUGAGUGGUGUAGAUGUGAGGAUACAUAGAUAAAGAAAAGAAAAUUUGAGAGAAGUUUCUUGGAAA